AAAAUAAACACAAUUCAACAAAUUCUUCAGUGAACACAAUUCAGUGCUUCUGUGUUUACGUUUGAACAUUACCUCUCAGAUUUCAUCAAAAAUAUCUUCAUUUGUGUUCUGAAGAUGAAUGAAGGUCUUACGGAUUUUGAACAGCAUGAGGGAGAGGAAUUAAUUACAGAAAUUCAUUUUUGGGUGAACUAACCCUUUAAACAGUGAUUUUGAUAUUGUGACUUUCUUUCUAGGUUCUGGAUGCGAUCGGUUUAGACAGAUCUCUGAGCAAAUUGAUUGUGAAUUAUGAAGAAUUAGUCGAGAGAAAAGGGGUCACAGAGGCCAGAAAGUUCCUACGGGAUUCAGCCAGAGAAAUACUGGAAGGCCGACAAGAGCUACAGGAACAGCUGAAAGCAAUGCAUGAAAUCAUCGAAAAAUUGUUCCAAAUGAAUAACCUCAUCAAGAACUUGGGGGGAUAUUCUCUCAGCCUGAAUCAAGAUGAAUGGGCCAUAAUUAAUUAUAUCAUGGGAACAUGUACAGACAGCACAGUUGUCUCAUGGGUUCAGGAAUCAGCUCAUCAGAUUGAAUUUGUAAAUCUUCUCAGAUUUGUUAUGAGGAAUUUUGGUCCCACUAUAGAGAAUUUGACAAGGCCUGGCGGAGGUCACAUAGACAUUGUGUUUGUGGCUCAUGGCAGAAUUGUUGACCAGUUUAUGCCAGCAGGUGUCCUGGUGCCCACACGUAACAUCCAUGACACCAUUCUUUACUCUCCGUGGAACUGCGCCAUUGAUGCCUACGCUGCAUUUGGAAUUGCUCAAGGGUUAAUUAAAGUGACAAACAGACAGUUUUACAAUAUGAGAAAUAGGGUUUACUGUGACCCGUACCCUUUGCCAGAUCGCUGGAAUAGCAUGCGAGGAUCACCCCACGACAUCCCAAUGAUCCUUCUAUCCCCUGUGACCCCUAAAGAUGCAGCAUGGAAUCUUUUUAACUUUCUUUUGAACAGUGCAGACUUGUUCACAGGAGACCGUGUUAUUAUUCCAUAUCUUGUCCCACAAGAUCUGGUAGAUGCAUAUGCAGAGAUCCCCCUGUACAUGUUCAUAUUUCUGACAUCAUUCAUACUCAUGCUCUUUGGUAAAACAGCUACUGUGCACCUGGCUGCUUGUUUGGUCCAUGCAGGAAGUACAGUAGAGUGGUGGAGAAGACAGUAUGCCUACACUUUAAGUGAUCCAACCUGUAUGACUAUGAACAUGGAUUUUAGGCCCAUUACCUCUAAGCUACUCGAUGCCUUAAUAUUAAUGUUUGACAGAAACUGCAGAUAAAUCACCUGAACAGCAUCUGGGUCAUUCCUGAUAUAUUACAGGGCUGGAGAAUGACCCAGAGUGAAGCAGUUUAAUGCGCAAUACAGCCUAUUUAUUCAUGCUGGAAGAACUUCUAUCCCAUCAUAUUUAUGACAUGUUUCAAUCACAACAUAAAGAUAAAUUACAAAUUGCAUAUGGAGUAUUGUGCCAUGCUAAUUCCAACUGUAACAUUAUGAAAAAAAUGUUGGUUUGCAUUUAAACAAAAAUGAAGUAUUUCAAUUCACUGAGGCAUCAAUUCAAUUCACGUUUAUAUGUAAAGCACUUUUAACAAUACACAUCAUUUCAAAGCAGCUUUACAGAGAAUGCAUGUGAAAAUGCAUUACAAUUUAGAGCGAUCUGUUAUCAAGGGUGACUGUUCGAGUUACAGAUUUCAGAAAUGUACAUUUACAUAACAUUUCGGCUUUCCAAUACAAACAGUCUCUGAGAAACUCCAGGAAAUGAGUGUUGCAAUCAUCUCCACUCUUUCCUAUUAUAAUGUCUUGAGAAAGACAAAGAAAGGAGCUUUUCGUUGAAAGCUUUAAUGCAGAACACAGAAUAACAUCAACAGGCACAGCAGCUUACGCCGCUCUUAUAUUUUCUCAUACGCACUUCCUGAACUCUCCUCAUUAACCCUGUAAAUGCUGGUGCUGAAGAAAACAGCACAACUAUUACAGACUCACUGCUGUGCUGCAGAAUAGUGUUAUAUAUACAGGAGAUCAAUUACAGUGUGAAAUAUAUUACUCAUUAUAGCAAUUAAAAAAAAACCCGUAAUGCUUUAAUAAUAACUGCAGGUGGAUCUGCUGCAUGUCAUAUCAAAAACUGCUACGUUAUAUAGUAUAUUAGUUGUGCUUAUAGAUGUGCAGUCGACGUGUUUGAUGAAGUCAUAAAAAGCUUGUUUUUUGUUUCACUUGCUCUCUGUGUAAAACCGCAUUUCACCUGUAUUCAGCAUAAUUCAUAAACUAUUAAUAAUCUGCAUUAUAUAAUUCUAUUAAUCAUUUUGGUCAUCAUAUUUUUUAAUCCAUUACUUUGUGUCUUAUACUCUUCCAUGGUAACACUUAUAAAUUAAUAAAGUUAUUAUAAAUCAUUUGCAAACUAUCAGUUAGUUCAUUGUUUAGUAUCGUUAACACAUUAACAAGCUACAGAAUAUACAAUUAUUAAGUUGUUCAGUCAUUGUUACUGUUAACAAAUGAUUAUUUUUUAAUUAGCUCAUAUGUAAACACUUAAUGUUUGUUAACAACCUGAUAAAUAAAUCUGAUGUAUUUUAAAUCAUGUAUUAAAGAAGCUGUUAAUCUUCAUCAAAACAUUAAGAAGUUAUUAAACCACAGUAAAUAAAUGCUUAUGAAUGAAGUGAAUUUAUGCAAAUUUAAGGCUUCAUUAGUGUCUUUUAGGAACACGUACUAUUCAUGAAAUUAAUGUAGUAUAAUGGUAGGAUUAAAACACAUAAUUCAUAAUUAAUUACAUUUUAGAUAAAUUUCAAUCUUAUUCUGUUUUUCUUAUGCACUUGUGAUUAUUUUAUGAUUCUUUUUUGUAAAUCCUUUGAUGUA